AUGUCAGCUCCAAAGCCUCCUGUUGCCCUCAAAAAUCACUGCUCGAUCAUCCACGAUGGUAUCAUCUACGUUUAUUCUCCGGACGCUUUUCAGACACUGGAAUUGAAAGAGGGCGCGCAAUGGCAGCAAGUGGAAAACGGCGUCGCGGUGGAAGGAGCCGCCUGUGUUAAGGGCGGUGUGGAUGGAGACAAUUCAAAAACCGCCCUGUAUGUUGUUGGAGGAGCUGCCAAUGCGUCUUCCUCGGACUAUCCGGGCUUACAGCGCUUCUCGAUCUCAGACAAGUCCUGGCAGACUAUUACCCCCACCGUCAAGGUCACCCAGAAUCGGCUUAACCAUGGGGCUGUCUACAUGAACGCCUCGUCCUCGAUCUUGGUGUAUGCCGGUUCUCAAGUCACUGGCUAUGAUGGUCUCUCUUCGGAAACAUUUGUAUUAGAGAUGUAUCCCCCCUAUCGUGUGCUGGCUUAUAGCUCGAUUGCUCCACCGACCACGAAGCCAAUCAUGCUACCAUGGGGUGAGGAUCGAGCUUUCAUGGCAGGUGGCAGUUCAACAAAUACCGAUAUUUUCACUUUUGGUCCUCAAGAUGGCUGGCAAAAUCUGGGACUGUCCCUCCCUGACCCUCUUCCGAAUUCCUCAGUGGCGCAGAGCGCCAUACUGACGCUGGACGACAAUAGCAGAAUAUUACAAACCUUCAAUCUGGGACAGGAUGUUCCCAACAUCACAUCAAAUGUGUUAUUAAAAGCCGGAGGCCAGCUUGCAGACUUUGGCGAAACUGUUGGAGGCAGCACUCCGACGCCAACUCCUAUACCCUUCACAAGCUCAGGUUCUAAAGCUAAGAGGGACGUGACUCUCGCCACGUAUCCGAGUUACAAUGAUAGCCUGGCCCCCUCGACUUCUCGAACCGACUUCGACUUGGUACAAGGCGACGAUGGCCUAGUGGCCUUCGUCGGGGGCUCUACCGACUCGGUGGCUUUCUUCAAUCAAACUGGUGAUAGUUGGAUUUCGACGACAUCGUUACUUGGGAAACAACAAGAACCACUCAGUAGUCCCUCCAGUACACAAUCUACCUCAACCGCAACGUCGACCCCGACUAGUGCUCCCGGCUCAUCCUCUCAUAAAACCAAUGGGCUGGCAAUCCUGGGUGGAGUGCUGGGGGGUAUAUGUGGCCUUGCUGCCAUUCUGAUCAUAAUUCUCCUGUGGCUCCGUUCUGUUCGUAGAAAACGAGAAAAGGCCGAAAAGCAAAGUGGAUACGGAGACGACAAGAAGAGAAGCGGAGAGUACAAUUUUGAGGAACAGGGAUUGCAACCUCUGGCUCGGCAAGGUCAACCUAUGGGUAGGAGCCCGGUGCCUUCUGCUGUGAUCACGGAGGCCGACAGCACCGCCAUGGUAGGAAACAAAAGCGACCCCAAAUAUCUCAUUCGACGCGUGUCUUCAGAACGAGUCCAGACGCCAGGGUACCGCGGUUCGGGGAUUGGAUUUGGACAAGCACUCUUCAAACGUGACAAGAACCCUCUAUCCAUCUCCAAACCGAUGAAUCCAAUUCUUGGUGAUUAUCAGCCAAGGCCAAGUAUCGAGCUGGGGCGAGCCACCCCUGUCGGAGAACCUAUAGCAGCAGCUGUAGCUAAGCCAGCGAGAAAAGCUUCCCAACGCAAGACUGAUGAAGGUUGGGGCAAAUAUUUCCAAAGCGACCCACAGACAGGCAACAGGACGAUGUUUUUUGGGGGGAGGAGCUCUGGUGCCAGUCGAGGCAAAAGUGGUUUCUGGCCAGGUUCUGGUGUACCAGAAACUUCAACACGGUCAACCACAGCUAGAUCAACCAAAAUUGUUCUCCGGGACAGCCACGGCAAUCCGCUCCAAGCUCAUACAGUUAUGGCAGGAAGUCCUACACUUGCACAUGGUCCUCCGGAUCCUCAAUCACGAGGACUUGAGGUAGCAGAGGGAAUACCUGCUCGCAUCUCCCGUGCCAGCUCAGUCAUGACCGACUCUGACGAGGACUACGAAGACGAACGUAUCGACGGUGCAUUCUCCAGCGGCAUCCCUGCGAGUGUAAGCGAUAUGCCGUGGACACCGGUGGGGAACACCUGGGGUGGCCCAGCUCAGCGACCGCUUCGACCUCCUAGCAGUUACUAUCAGACGCAAGACAUGCCUCUGCAGACAGCGUCCUCGGAGGAAACAACCGGUACUCAGAGCUCGUCCAUACCAUCUUUCCCCAUGCCGAAUUCCGUCCGAAGCAUGAAUCCCGAUGGUGGUAGCAUCACUACAGCUGAAGCGCCUCUUGUUCGAGUCAACGGCCGAACGCAGGAGGCUCGCGACUACUUUACGCACGCGCGGGCAAGAAGCGGCACGCCCGAGAACAAUGACAUGUCCUGGUUGAAUCUAGGCACCCCUAAUCGGUGA